AUGUCCGUUAGCACAAAUUCUCUUCAGACUAUUUAUUCGAAUGAAGGUCGUCCACAAUUGGUCCUCGAUUAUUUCGUUUUCAAAUUGAACAAACGAACGGAAAAAAAACUUUACUGGAAAAGUACAGUAAUGAAUUGUCCAGCACAUAUUCACACGGAUACAAAUAACAACUUGCUGUACAAAAAAGGGGAACACAAUCAUUUGCCUGAAUCAGAGGAUUUUAUGGUGAAAAAAUUUCGAGCCGCUCUCAAGGAACGAGUGAUAAAUGAAACGAUACCAAUACAAAAAAUUUAUGACGAAGAAAGCGUCAAAGCAAAUUUUUCAUCAAACGCACUCGCAUCAGUUUCAUUCAUCAAACACAUACAAUCAGGUUUAAAUCGUGCACGAAGAAAACUGACACCAACAUUACCUACAUCAAAUUUAUUCGAUAUACCUCCUGGAUAUCAAACAACAGC